GAGAGAGAGAGAGAGAGAGAGAGAGAGAGAGAUUGCGACAAUAAGAGCCAGACAAAAUAUUUUUUGAGAGUCUCUGGGAUUGUGCUGAGGGAGAAUCGUUGCGAAGAAAGAAUCACUGUCGGUACAGAAGCAUAGAUUUUGGAUAGUGGAAAGCACUUAGGAGGUUCGUUCGUGUUAGCUGCACUUUCAUGAACUUUCCGCGCUCACGACAAGGCAAAUACUCCGGAUUACAUAGGAUUAUAAUUGAAAUUUAUCGUAUACUUGAGAGAAAAAUGUGAAACGAAGAAUACAGGUUAACACUGCGCAGCUGGCACGAACAGAGCCGAGGUGUUCGUCGAGUCCUUUCUAUCUACUUUCGGCGAACGAACGAACGGACAGACGAAGGAAAGGCGGUGCAGUAGUAAGCGACUGGUCCAAGUACGGCUGCUCCAACGAGGGUCGGAGAUCUGUCAGCUUCUGGCUCGUCUCGGAGAACAGCUGAUUCAGCCUAAUCGAGCGUCGGUGAAAUGCCAGUCUGUUCGAAUUCUGCAAAACAAACGCGCGAUGAGUGUUAGCGAGGUGUCCGAGCGGCCGCCAGGACGGUAAAUAAAGAACCACGCAUGUGGAAAAAUCAAUGAGGGUGCAACGUGAGGAGCGUAUCGCGCGAAAUUGCCGAGACUGCCGAGACGCGGCCGACGAUUACGAAUACGCGAGAGAGCAUCGCCGCCAGGUUAUGUUGCGCGACGUCUGUACGGCCGUAACGUCACACGCACGCCACGACCGUAGGCGAGUGCGUGUGCGCGCGGCACAAUAACAGAGAGGCGACGUGGGUCCACCGAGAUGUUGACAUUAGACGAGACCGAACACGAGAACAUGCCGAAGAAGGCCGGGAAGAGUCGGGAGGAGAAGAAGAGCAAGGCUGAGAAACGGAACAGGCGUGCUGCCAGCAGCGGGCGUAAGCUGAGGAGCAGCUUAGCUCAUCCUCCUCACAAGAUCAAAUCCGAGGAGGAGGAAGCGACCAUGCAGCUCUCGUAUCAUGAGAAGGACCCUAUAGCUUCCAGUGUCUCCAAGGAGAUCAAAGUGGAAGCCCCUUCGUCCAAUGAGGACGAGUAUAUAAUACUGUCUCACUUGGAGUCCCUCAAGGACGCCGAACUGAACGCAGAGGAGCAAUGUAUGCAAAAGAUCUCCAAGAGUCGACUCAGGCAGAAGCGUCUCAACAAGAUGAUACUGCUAAGAAAAUGUGCUGCUAAUCGCAACAAUCUGCCAACGGUGAAGACUGAGGACGAGUCCCAUGAGAACACCUCCUUUGAGGAAGAUGGUCGUGUCCCUAAUAUUGAAAAUCAUAUAUAUGAGAAUGAUGUGGAGGAGCAGCAGAUGGAUGCCAAGGUUAAGCGGGAAAAGAUCAAAUGGUCAAAGAAAUUGCAUCCGCUGUCUCUUUAUUACACAGACAGGAGCAAGCCUUACCUGAAGUGUCCCGCGUGCGGUGCUAUGUUUUUCUGCUCAAACACGUAUCAGAGGCACUUGCUCUCGCACAUGCAGAAAACUGUUACGUGUGCGACCGAGAAUUACGUAUGCAAUUUUUGCGACUAUACGCAUACAGAGCCUGGUAUGCUGUUCGCUCACUUGGCCAAGCAUCAAAACCAGUGUGAGGCCUGUAACGAGAGCCUGCUGCGCAAGGAUAACUUCGAGAAGCACUGGUACCAGUGCUCCUUGGCGUUCAGCCUGAAACGCGAUCAUCACGGUAAAUUCGUAUGCACGAUAUGCGAAUUGGUGUUCGACCUCCUGGCUCAAUUGGAGAAACAUUGGUUCAAGCAUACCUGUAAGAAGCAGAAGUCCUACCAGUGCAAUGAGUGCAACGGUCUCUAUGAGACCAUGGAGACCCUGAAGAAUCACAAGUGUCUCAAGUGUCCGGUCUGCGGCGAGGUCUAUGAGAGCCUGCACCGGCUGAAGAUUCACACAAUGUGGAUGAAGCAUUACUUGAAGUGUCCCAUCUGCUCUUACGAGUUCAUCCUCUCCACGGACCACGAGAAGCACUUGUCCUUACACAGAAAGGUGUACCAGCCGAUGAAGGAUUAUAUGCACUGUCUGCGCGCGGCCGACGGUAAAACCUUUCAGUGCAAUCUCUGCGACAAAAUAUUCUACGCCUUACCGGCCCUCCUGUCACAUCUCACUGAGGAGCACGACGUGAAGACCGUGAAGACGGAAGAGACUGACACGGAAGACAAUUUCGAGCUGAAGGGAGACAUUAUCGACAUAGUGGUGGUUCCUGACUUCAAAGAUUCUGUCAGCUAUUCUGACAGCUGUAGCGACACGAACCCGUUGCAGCAGGACACCGAUGUGGAGGAUCAGGCAGACUACGAGCUCAAGUCGUGAAAAUGAAAAACAACAACUUUCAUUGUGAGCCGUUGUUAGCAGCUUUUACUGUCACAACCACACAGGCGUAUUCUCAUCAAAUAUUGAUACUCAACAUAAACUGAACUAUCAAAAUAUGAGACAACAAUUGCAAGUGCCGCCAUUACGAAGCAGUAGACCAGAAGCAAUUUAUCUGGAAACGCUAUUUUUCAAGGUGCAUCAUUUUGCUUCGAGAUUUUUGAUAUCGAUUUAUAUGAACCGAGACGAUCGUGUUGAUUUGAAGUACAGAAACGUGCUGUAUUCUCCCUUCAUCUUUUUCGUUAAGCAAAAUAUAUAUCGAGACAAGAGGGUAACGAUAAUUAAACGCUAUAUUAGCAAUCCUAAAGUAGAUAUUAACAAAACGGAUAGCUGCUGUGAGGCGAUCGGAAUAGCAGAUAUUUUCGGACGAACCUAAGUCUCUCUCUCUCUCUUUCUCACUCUCUUUCUUCCUAUACAUCUAUUUAAUACGCGCUGGCGAGCGACCAUUUCUCACACUGCAUUCUCUUUUUCUUUUCUCUCACAUAAGAUGGAGACGCACUUUGUGAAACAUCGUCGCUCGCGGGCACAUGUUAAACACCGUUUUUUUACAGCUCCGUUCUUCACUACUUACACAGAAUAAAUACAAGUUAUAUUUGUAACAUAAAUACAUUCCGCUAUCAUACGCGAUGCGCUCCUCUUAAGCGGAUUCUACUUGUUUGAAAAAUUCUUGCAUCACAGUUGUAAUUAAUUUCUGUGUAAAGAUAUAGACAGAUCACAUGUUAGGUUUUGAACCUCAUAUAAUAUGUAUAUAUUACCUAUGUAUCGCGACACAUAUAGUUUAUAUAACUUGUUAUUUCUUCGUUUUUAUAAUUAUUCCUACGUUGGAAUAUUAUAAAAAGCGAUAUUCCGAGCUAUCAGUCCUGCUGUAGCCUGAUCAUGACGUCUCGCUACGUUAAUUAGCUUCGUUGAUUUUAUAAUAAAUUCGUAUCCGAAUCUGCUAUUUCCUAGAAUCUAAAUCGCAUAUUGCGCGCGCGCGCUCCCGACGAACUUACCGUUCUCGUGAUCGCAUGAAGUUACGUUUGGUAGCAGCAUAAGAAACACGGAGCUAAACACGAUGCAUUUAUAACGUAUGGUUAAAUAUCGAAAACACCUCGCAGGUUAUACAUCAUUAUUAUUAUUAUAUUUACGCGGAUUUCUCAUUCGCAUCCGCUCUCGUGUAUCGGGGGAGGAGAUAUUUUGCAGCGUGCGCUCGUAUGUAUAAGUCUAAUGUCGUAGGCCUACGGUACUAUACUUUACAUCGGCUCUGUUAUGUAUUCGUUUUGAAAAAUAAACGUUCAUUAGCAAUAAUAUUCUCCUUUGAUACACACACACCACAUAUACGCAUGCACACAUACAUACAUAUACACGCGCACACACAGAUACACAUAUGCAAACGGAGAGAGACACGCCACUUUAUAUCGCAUAUAUAUCGAGAGCAGCGAGAAAAGUAGCACCCUCGAGUCUUUUAUAGUUCAGAAAUUAGAGCUCAUGAACCGGCGUGUAAUUCGGCGUGUAAUUCGGCGUGUAAUACCGGCGUGUAAUAGCACAAAUUUUUCUCAUCCUAAAGAUAUCCUGACGACAUCCUAUGUCUUAAGGAUAUCCAUAGGAUAUCUAUAGAAUAUCAUGUGCUGCCUGGGUAUAACUCGAUUAAGAGGAACGGAUGCGAAGAAGUUGCGUCUGAAAGCUUUUAUGCCACGAAAAUGAAAAUCACGAUAUUUACUGAGCACGCAAUUAUUGUACAAUUACAUUGUAUAGCUCUUGUGUACCCCUAUAUGUAUAACCGCCCCCCGGCGCGUCCGUAACUCUUUCUCCCUCUGCCUUAGUAUUUUUCAAUACGUCUUUUGUUAAGAAAUCUCGCACCAAGUGCGCUACGCGUGAGUAGCAAGGCCGAAUAUUGAAGCUACUCGUCUAAUUGAGAGAACGUUAAAAAAAAAUCUUAUCUCUUUUGACAACGCCCAUACCCCGUUUGUAGUACCUAACCGUUGAUUCAAUCGACAGCCGUGAAAUCCAUUGUAUACGGAAAACGUUGUUACUUUUUGAUAUUCAUACGUCGCGCACGUCGUUAGCGCACGUAGCGUAGAGUUGCGUAUUCAAUAGGCAAUAAGUAUAUAUAUGCUUUAUUGUAUAAUUCGUCCGCUUCAAUAUUUACUUUUAUACUCAAAAUCGUCUUUCAGAGAAUAUUGUAAAAAUAAAAUUGGUUUUUCUCUCGA